GUUCCGUGCGGCUCACGAAAGCGCGUCGCGCGGCUCGUUAGGUUGGUUCACUCCGAAGGUCUCUGCGGAGAAGAAGCGGCCGCCUCGAUCAUCAAAGGCAGGAAUUCGUUUGUUCUUCUUCUUCUUCUUCGGUUUCCCCUCGUCUCUCUCUCGCGUACCAAAUCAGCUUUCUUGAGACUCUGCCGGAUACUAGGGUUUGGGCGCUUCUGAUUUUUUCGCUAUUCUACUCAUUCGAGGUUAGGGCUCGAUGUUAGUUAUGUUCCCGAUCAACAAGACGAGGCUGAGAAGCAGAUGGCAUUUCCAUUGCUACCAUCCAAGCGUACUUUUGAACAAAAUCCCUUGGAGCACACUGGGAGGGGUAAGUGGAAAAAGACUGGACCUUCUAUAACACUGCAGAAUCAGGUGAAAGUGCCCCUAGGGGCUAUUAUCUUCCGAAUACUCUGUCCUGCUUCAAAAUCUGGAAGUGUGAUUGGUAAAGGUGGAGGUAUUGUAGCAAGGAUACGCCACAAGACUGGUGCAAAAAUUAGACUUGAAGAAACUGUUCCUGGAUGCGACGAGAGAGUUAUUGUAAUCACUGGGUUGGAGAAAGAUGCCGAACUUGGCAGCAAACAUAGUAAAGAAGAUGAUGAAGGUGCUGGUGCUGUUGAUGGUGUUGAGAGUGCCAAGGAAAAUACUGAUAAUAUUGAAGGGGCAGAGGAUUCUGCUGCUGCAGAUAAUUCAAAAUUAGAUGGAGUACCAUCAUCAGCAGUGAAGGCACUCGUACUUGUUUUUGAGAGAUUAAUUGAAGGUGAAUCAGAAAAUGAUGAUGAAGAUGACACCAAUAAGAAGCAUUCCACUGUUUCUGCAAGAUUAUUAGUUCUGUCUGGCCAGGUGGGUUGUGUCCUUGGAAAGGGUGGGAGUGUAAUCAAACAAAUGUCAGCUGAUAGUGGGGCCCAGAUUCGGAUACUUCCUAGAGAUAAACUUCCGUUGUGUGCUUCCCAACAGGAUGAAAUUGUCCAGGUAACAGGAGGGGUUGAAUCAGUGAAGAAAGCACUUCAUUUAGUUGCUCAGCAGCUUUUGGAUAAUCCACCACGAGAACAUGAUUUGUUCCCGUCAUUGGGUUCUUCUGGUCCAUCGUCUGAUCCAUUUGCUUCUAUUCCUAGGGCAGAAGGCCUUCCACCACCAAAUUUUCAUUAUCCCCCUCAAGUACCACCUUUCUCAAACAGGCCUCAUGACAUCACGGACUUUCAUCCAGGCAUUGGUCCACCUUUUCCUAAAUUUCAUGAAAGUGGACCUCUUCUGCAACCCCAAGUUUCUCCAGAGCCAAUAACUUACAGGUUAUUGUGUUCCAAUGACAAGGUUGGAAGUGUGAUAGGAAAGGGAGGGAACAUUGUCAAAGGUCUUAAAAAUGACACUGGCUGUGAGAUCAAAGUUCUAGAGACAACUCCUGAGUCAGAGGAUCGUAUUAUAGUGAUAUCUGGUCUUGCACUUCCAAGUGAUAGGAUAGCGCCAGUGCAGGAUGCAGUUCUUCGUGUGCAACAUAGACUAGUAAUGGCUGUACCUGAUACGAAAGAGAGCACUGUCUUAUCUAGGCUUCUUGUUGCUUCCAACCAAACUGGUUGCCUUCUUGGCAAAGGUGGUUCUAUAAUAGCAGAAAUGAGAAAGCUUUCUGGGGCUCAUAUUCGCAUCUUGGGUAGAGAACAGAUCCCCAGGGGCGUACUGGAAAAUGAUGAGGUGGUUCAGAUAUCUGGUGAAUUUGGAGCAGUUCAGGAAGCUUUGUUGCAAAUAACUGCUAGACUGAAGCUUCAUGUUUUCCGUGAUAAAUUACCCGCUAUGAAUCCCAACAUGCCUCCUGCUUUUGUUGAGCAAUUACCUCCAUAUGGUUUAUACAUGGGAAGGAGGGAGUCUUCACCUCCCAGGUUGCAUCCUUAUUUGCCACCAUUUCAGAAAGAUCCUGUUGGUCACCCCUUUCAAGAAAGAUCUGUCUUUUCUCAUCCAGUUCAUGGUUCGGGUAUUCCUCUCGGUGUUGAGAGACCUGCAUCAUGGCCACCUCAGGGUAUGAGGGAUGUUGGUGGUCCCAUGCUUUUACCUGAUUACCCAGGAGAUCCACAAAGAAGGAAGGGUAGAUUUGCUAGUGGAAGCCAGCCGGCCCCUAUUACAAGUGUAGAUGUUUUUGUUCCUCGAUCUCUUGUACCGUCCAUAUAUGGUGAAGAUGGAGGCUGUCUAAAGCGGAUCCGUGAGAUCUCAGAAGCCAAAAUUAUCAUUACUGAACCCAGACCAGAGGCUACAGAGACGGUAAUCAUUAUAUCUGGAACACCAGAGCAGACCCAUGCUGCACAAAGCCUCAUCCAUGCGUUUGUACUGAGUGAAACUGUUCCUUUAGAAUCUACCAAAUCUUGAGUGACAAGUGAUCUUAAUGCAAUCUUGGAUGCUAUUGGAUAUCAACCUGCUGUAUUUUAAAGGUUUGUUCUAAGAGAAUAUUGAUUGGGCUUCUUCUGUUUGCUUUAAAGAAUUUUCCCUGCAAUGAGAAGUGAAAGGGUUAUUACUUUGUGAUUGAAAUGGGCAAAAUAGCAUUCACGUGACCUGGUCUCUGAUGGGUUCCACAACUGGUUUGUUUUGGUGAAAUGCCUCUACUCAAUCUUGAUUUUUCCUGCAAGGUAGUCCUGAUGACUUGCUUAUAUUGUUAGGCCAUCCACUUUUCGAUGUGAGGUACAUGCUUGGGUUGUUCACGUCCUCUUGAUACUAUUAUUCAGGGUUCCCAUGCUGUUUUUAAUUUAAAGAGAACUUAUUUAUUUCCAAUGCCUACUAUUUCUUUUUUAUAUCAAAAGCUAACCUGAAAUAACUGUUUAAUUGUAUGUUCUAUUAUAAGUUUAUAACAUGACAUGCAUUAGGAGUGAUAUGCUAAUAGUUAAUUCUAUUUACAUGUUUUUCUAGGGCACAUUGUUUUGUGCAUUUACCAAGAAAAUAGUGUGAACUAUGAUCAACCAUCAAGAUCAUUGCUAGCUUGUACUUGUAGUAGGUUACCAUAUUGACUGAGCCUAAAUUUCUUGUUUAUCUCUGAUUUGUCAAAUUUUGCGAGCUUAUUUGUUUUGGGCUUGCAAAUUGACUUCAGAUUUAGUUACACAAGCAUCUUGUUAAAUCAGCACAGUUUUGAUUGAUCGAGGAAUGACAACUAGUUUUACAUGUCGGAUGUUAGAAUUUCAUUUAGCUGCUUUCUCCUAGGGCUGCUUAUGAGAUUGAGUGCAAUAUCUUGGGUGACCAAGGUAAGAAACCCAUUUACCAAAAGUUAUAUUCACCAAUACAAGUCGCUUUUUGGAUGUUCUUCAUGAUACUCAAUACAUUGAAGCUAAUGAGUUUAUCAACCUGCAUAAUAUAUUAAGCUGGUUUUGUAAAUCUUGUGGUCCAAUCAUUUUAAACUAAUAUUGUGUUGUUUAUAGCAACUAGAGGAAUGUACUAAAUUGAUGUGUAUGGUAGAUGACUGCUAGAGCACAUCUAGGAAGGGUAUGAUUUUAUGCUAGUGGGUGUCAUUAAAUGGUCAAACACUGAACCAUCACAUGAAACUUGUACCUUGACAUGCUAGUGAGCAAGAUGCCAAGGAAAACACUUGUAUGCUUCGCUGUUUGCAGGCAUAAUGAGUAAUUCAUUCUGAUUGGGAUUUUAUUUAUUGUAGCAUCCUUUGGUGUUGAGUCAUUAUGGGAAUAUUUAGUGAUUUCAUUGUUUAUUUAAAGCUUUGAUUUGUUGAGAUCACAAGUAGCUUAUUGCAAACUGUAAUGGCCGGUGAUACCAUGCAGUUUCAGCACUAGACAUGUAUGUUCUAGGCAUGUGAACAUCCUGAGAACUACCAUUAAGAUAACUGCUACGUUAAAUUGUGGACAGGACCUAUUAGACAAGUACAGCAUCUCUACCACAACAUAUGAGAUGCCACACUUAAUCCAUUUAUUGGGAUUCCAUUUAAAGUAGCAAAAAUAAAGUUGUGUAGCUUGUUUGAUUUGCAAUAAUGCACUGGAUUAUCAUAUUAGGAUUACCUCUAACCGAUUCUUAUAUAUUUUGUGUUAUUAAUCUUUUUUUAUUUUCCUAAAAUGUUAGCCCUGUUGUUAAUAAAGUUGGAGAAGACAUUUUACAGCUAACAAUGAUUUUAGUUGUAGUAAACAAAUAGCAUAGGCAUGUUGGUGGCUUUUGAAAUGUAAAUACUGGAGACACAAUCGUUUAUAAUUUUGUCAUGUACAUUGCAUUUAACAUACUGGUGUAGUUGGUAAUCCACAAAAUACACUAGAUGAGUCUUGGAAUAUAUUUUUCUGUUGUAGAUGUGCCCAGUCAACGACUGUGAUUGUUGCAUAGUUUUUUAUGAAAGCAGGAAAGUUAGAAAUUGAAGUA